AUGUCGAAAGCUCGAGAUUAUUAUGAAGUACUUGGUGUAGAGAUUACUGCUACCAAAGAAGAGAUAGUGAAGGCAUAUCGGAAGUUAGCACUUAAGCUACAUCCCGACAAACAAGAGAACAAAGAAGAGGCGGAAAAGCAAUUUCAAGAGUUAGCUGGAGCGUAUGGAGUAUUAAAAGAUGACACCCAGAGGACGUGGUAUGAUCAGAAACGACAUUUGAUAUUAGCUGGGAUUAACCAAGAGGAAGAGAAUGUGAUCAAUCUGUAUGAGUAUUUCAACACAAAUUGCUUUGACAAUUACGACGAUAGCGAGACUGGAUUUUACACUGUUUUUAACGAGUUAUUCAAAAACAUUGAAAAUGAAGAAGGUGGAGGAAAACAGAUGUGCGGCUUUGGGAAGUCGAAUAGUACGAUUAAUGAGGUCAAAGCGUUUUACGAGAAUUGGAAGUACUUUUGCUCGAAAUUGGAGUUCUAUGACAAGUUGCCGAAUAACAUAGCAGACGCCCCAAAUCAACAAGUCCGAAGAGGGUGGAAAAAAGAGAACGAGAAAGUUCGCGAUAAAUUACGGAAUGAAAGAACACAGAAUGUUCGACAACUUGUUAACUAUGUCCAACGAUUGGACCCAAGGUGGGAUCAAGUCAAAGCCGAAAUGAGACGACAAAAGGAAUUACGCGAAGAAAAAGAGGCAAAACAAGAAGCAGCAAGACAACAACGAGAACACGAACGUCGACAAAAAGAAUUGGAAAGUUUUAAGGACUUUGAACUCCCUCAAGAGGAAGAAGAUGAAAUAGAAAAACUGUCGAAGUAUUACGAAGGAAAAGCAGUCGACACCGAUGAUGAGAAAGAAGUCGAAGAAUUCUGUUGUGUUGUCUGUGACAAGAAAUUUAAAAGUGAAGGACAACUCAAGACUCAUGAAAACUCUAAAAAGCACAAACAAAUGCUCAAACUCUUAAGAAAGGAAAUGGAAAAAAUCAAUUGA